CAAAUUGACUGUGCGAUGGCUCCCAAUCCAAAUGAUUCCGUUCCGAAGGCAAGCUCCGUAAUUCUGGCGGGACUUGGAGUGGCCGCGGUGGGAUUCGCCGGGAAGCACCUCAUGCGCCGGAUGCCCCAGAUGACCACCAAAUUCAACGAGGCCCUCAAGAACCUGCCCAAGUUCGAUGCGGAGAGCAUGGCGGCAUCCAAGUACUACAAGGGCGGUUUCGAUCCAAAGAUGAACAAGCGGGAGGCCUCCCUCAUCCUGGGUGUCAGUCCCAGUGCGCCAAAGAUCAAGAUCAAGGACGCCCACAAGAAGAUCAUGCUGUUGAACCAUCCGGAUCGAGGCGGUUCACCCUACUUGGCGGCCAAGAUCAACGAGGCCAAAGACUUUCUAGACAAGGCCAAGUAGUCCUCCAUCCCGCGACCUUAAGUGCAAAUAAAGUAGUUUGUGAUUAGCAUGUAAGCUGAA